AUCGUACUAUUUGCGGUAACGUUUUAUGAGCGCGGAAUUUAUUUAACCGAAUAAUGUUCAUAAUUAUGUGAUUUCUAAUCAAAAAUCAUUAAAAACGCCGGGAUAAUUAAAGUGCUAACCAAGGAACUGCAGCGAAAAUCCACGGCACUUCAUCUUCAUGGAUUAAAAUAAGAUUAGCUGAAAGUCGGCGAGCGAUUUCGAUAGAAGUUGUAGGUCCGAUUCAAGAUAUGAGGAAAACCGCAGAGUGCCGACUUCAUCGAUACCGUUAUUCACUUACCUUCUUAAUCUUGCUGCGUGUAGGACACGAUCAUGUCGGUGAGGGAGGCAGUCGAAGUCCCAUUAUACCCAAUCAGAAAGAAAGAACAGCCACCGAAAUGCCGGCAGCUGCACUUCCAUUAACUGACCGACAGUUUCCAGCAACUUCAAAUACGGGACUGAUGAUGGAGGUGUGGGCAUCAGUAGCGUCCUGGUUUUUCCGCCCAUCGGACACUUUACCAUUAACCACUGUUGCAAACAGUGACCAACUCACCUCCACUUGUACAACAUCGCGACCGGUAGUUCUUUCGAGUAGACCCGGUAGUUCACCGGCAAAUUCCUCGGGGACGUCACCUCCAAGACCUUCAUCAGCAGCUACAUGCAGUGCAGUCGCUCGGGAGGAUCGGGAACGGAUUUUUCAACCUCCGACAAUUUGCACGGCCAUUAAAUGUACUGUACCGAACUGCAGCUGCGAUAGUUUUGUACCUGGAAAACGACAUCUUCGAUACUGCGAGACUUGCAAGCACGGUUGGGUUCCUCACGCACUGGACAAGUUGGGCACAAGACAUCUCUUCACCAACAGUGCUCCUGAACCUGUGCAACCAAAUGUCGCCUUCGAUAUCGCGAGUUUAGUGCUUUACGGAUGUCAAGCUUUACCAAUUCGUUUAAAAAUCCUUCUGGACCGCUUGUUCUCCGUACUUCAAAAGGAUCAAGUUUUACAAGUAUUGCAUGGAUUUGGAUGGACACCCGACGAUUACGCUAGAGGAUACAUCCUGCAGGAAGCACACGGCAGCACAUUGGAUCGAUGGAGUAUCUGCAGUCCUGAAGAAGAACCCUUGGUUCUUCAACAGUUCUUAAGAUUUGGCGAAACACGUGCAAUUACCCAGCAAUUACUAUUAGCUCAACAAGCGCUUCACCAGGAGUCAACGCUGGAGCGCCUCGGUCAUCGUCCCCCAUCGAAUCCGCGUCGGGCGAUGUCACCAAAUCGUCGUCCAUCACCACCAACCUUCUCACCUUCAGCUUUCCAUCCAUCUUGGUUACCAACUAUGUCACCUCACCAAAAACAAUCGUUAAAUUUCCUAAAAAUGCCAUCAAUAACCGAUUCUGUCAGCUCCGCAACAAAAACCAUGUACGGAAACAACUCGAUAACAGCAUCUCCACUGAACCGCCUUCAAAACAUGCAACCGUUCGAUUUUCGAAAACUAGGCGCGGGACUUGCGGGCUUUCCUUGCCAACCGACCCCCGAUUUAUCGAUGCGACGGAAAGUUUCCGAAAGUGAUACUCCUGGAAGUUUAAAUCUAAGCAUAAGUACCUCCCUACCGAUGUGUCCACCACCGCCCCUACCCACAUCGUCACUACCAACAUCACUAAAUCACUCCGCCGCAGCAAUGGCAGCGGCAGUAUCGGCCAACUCUUUAGCGGCGGCAAGUUUAGUGGCUUCAUCCUUUAGUAGCUUGAUGUCAACCGGAUUAAAUGUACGUAGCAAAUCUCCUGCUGGUAUCAUCGAAUGUGUAACGACCGGUGGAACUAGCGAAGUGGGUUCCGAAGAUGACGACAAUGACUCCCACAGCGCUUUAAAUUUGAGCCGUGACAAAGAUUCCGCCAAAGCUUUACGACAACCACGAAUCGUUUCGGGUAGAAAACCGAUAACACCAACCAAACGCCAAUGGGGUUCCCCGGGCCUACCGCUAAAUUUAGGUACGCAAUUUAUUAAUCCCGCGACCGGGAAAAAACGAGUGCAAUGUAACGUUUGCUUGAAAACUUUCUGCGAUAAAGGAGCUUUAAAAAUACACUUCUCCGCCGUACAUUUGCGAGAAAUGCACAAGUGCACAGUCGAAGGGUGCAACAUGAUGUUUAGCUCACGAAGAUCUAGAAACCGCCACAGCGCCAAUCCAAAUCCCAAACUACACUCUCCCCAUUUACGUAGAAAGAUUUCACCCAACGAUGGUAGAAGUGCUCAACCUCACCCGAUGUUACUGCCGUCGGCACCAGGUUUACCUCUACCAGCAACCGCCCUAAACAGCUUAAACCCGUUCGGCUCAUUUCCUAUACUAACCCCGCCGCCCGACAUUCGACACCAUUCUGCCCUCAGCAACUUGGAUUUCAAGCACAGUCUCGAUCUUAGCAUUCAUAGAGCUGGAAGCGAAGAAAAAAGUGAAGAUAGAAAGGCCGUAUACGACAACAACAUCUUAGCGCUCACUUCCACUAGCAGUAGUAAUCAUGAAGAUGACGACGAUUACGAAGACGACGGCAUUGUAGUAGUUGGGGGCGACGAAGAUGAAGACGGGGAGCGAAUGGAUUGCUCCAACGGCGUUUCUGACCUCCCGGAAGACUUCAGUAUGUCAUCCAAAAGAUUCAAAAUGUCCGUGUCCGAUGUGGAAGAAGAUAUCGUAAGCAACGCCGACAGCAACGAAGAUUCAGUCAGCAUUAUUGAUACACACAGUCUUAAAGACGAACUAAAUCUUUCCACAAAUAAACGAAAACGCAAAAGUCAAAAUCCAACCAAGUGUUCCGUGCCUGUAAUAACAGACGAUGGUGUUAGUGACGGUGAAUCAUCCAACGACGCGUACUCGGAUCGGAAUUUAGACAAGCAGGACUUACAAAAGGAAACACCAAUACCUGCGGCCAAAGAUUCUAAAGAGCAUAAAGAUGAAGAAGAUAUGCCGAUAAAUUUAGGCAAAAGUACGGCGGAUGUCAACGCGAAUGAGUCAGAAGCCGGAAUUUACAACGAAAUUAAAACUAGCUUGGCUCCAUUGUUUUCGACGGAUAAGUUGAAAAAAGAGAGGCCUUUUCACGAAACGGAAAACGUGGAGGACAACGACCGUCCGGCGAGUACCGUAGAAAGUAAUCGAAGCGAUGAAUCGUUCGACUCGUCCAACGCCCUUCGCCACUUAGAAAGUUUAUCUCAUGGCAACUUUGGUGACCUAAUGACGCAAGGUUUACACUUGGGUUUAGGCGUACCGAAUCCGCAUUUGGCCCCUUUGGGGUUUAUGAUGGGAGGCGGUCCUCCGAGUCCCGCAAGAUCGCAAGCGUCAUCAGGUGGCAGCUCCAACAGCCCAGAUUCUCCCGAUGAAAGUAGCCAGAAUCAGUUGUUCGGCUUGUUCGAUAACGGACAAUUUAUAAGUACAAUGGAUGUUCCUAUUGAUAAAGAUAAUCCCAGGCGCUGUGCUGCGUGUGGAAAAAUCUUUCAAAACCAUUUUGGCGUUAAAACCCAUUACCAAAACGUACAUUUAAAGUUGAUGCACAAGUGCAACGUAGACGGAUGUAACGCGGCAUUUCCAUCCAAACGAAGUAGAGACCGUCACAGUGCUAAUUUAAAUUUACACCGGAAGCUGUUAUCCACAACGGAUAAGGGAUCGAGCAUGUUAGAAAAGUCGCAUUUUCCAUCUCUGGCUAGCAGCCCCACGUUACAAGGAGAUUUCUUUGCGCGGUUGUAUGCAGAGGAAGCAUUGAAAAAUCAUCAUAUUCCUACCUCGCCCGUUAAUUUUAAUCAACUGGUGUUAAAUGGUGACCGAAUCCCUCCGCCUCCUUUUCUUCUUCCUCCUCUUAGCGGUUUACCUUUCCCCUUGGGCAGCUUCAAUCAUUUCUCGCAUAUGAAUGGCUCGGCUUUGACGCGAAGAGAACGAUCGUCGGCGUCGAAUUCUCCAACACCAGCGUCACCACCUCCAACCAGUUCCUCGCCCGAUCCGUUACCUCUAAUUCAUUCCAUUGACGAAGAUAUGCCCACGCCCGAUAAAGAUGGACAUUUGCCAUGUCGGUUUUGCAAAGCAACUUUUCGUAGUUCAGUGCAGUUAAAAGAACAUUGUGAAUCGAACCAUUUGUUAGAUAUGUUCAAGUGUAAAGUUAUUGGGUGUCCAAAGGUAUUCAUGUCGAGAACAAAAAGGAACUUACACUCGGAGAACUCUUCCUUGCAUUUACAUUUGGUAAAUAAGAAAGAACCGAAAGGUAACGUGUCGUGACCAUUUCAGAACGGUGGCAUCUUUAAAUCAAUGCCAUUUUGGUGGUAACUUUACUAAUUAAGCGCUACUAUGUGUGAUUGUUAAAUAUUUGAAUUUAAUUAAAGCCAGUUUUUUUAUUUAUUGCGUUGUUUAUAAGUAUAAAUGUUAUUUUAGUUUUGUAAAAAGGUUUAAAUGAAUAUAUCCUGUAGAUUUAAGAAUGCCAGUCGUUGGAAUACUCAUUGAUAGAUAAUUAAACGCGAUCUCUAGAAAACUCUGAACAAAAUCGAUCAUCCCGAAUUUGUAGUAUUAAAAUUGCUCAUUUGGAGACCUAGUACUUUUCAAAGUAGCGCGACGCGCGCAGUAUUUAUCUGUUAAUCCUUUUAUGUAGCGAUUGCAAGUUGCGUGUCUGGAUACUUUGCAAAGUAUUUAGUGAUGAACUGUAGACAAAAGUGUAUAUUUAAAUGUGCAAUAACUUUGUAUAUAUUAUGCUAUGUCUGUAUUUGUAUAGAUGUAUAUAUUUACUAUCACUGUUGGACGAAUUGCAGAGGUAUUCUUAAAAGGUUCUAUUCUAGAAUUGUCCUCAAUGUAUACGAUUAUACAGUUAGUGCUCUUGUAUACUAAGCUUUUUAACAAUAUAUUACUUGUAAGUUCUGUGUUCCUCUUUUAAGUCAGGUUUCUUAAAACGAUGUAAAUUUUCUUUUUAAAAUUCUAGCUGUAAUAUUCAUUAUAUUAAUG